GUUGAAAUUCAAACUACGAAAAUGGUUGUUUUCAAAUGGAAAAUUAUUUGUUUCAACCUUGCUGUAUUGGUUGAAGCAAACUUUUUUUUUGGGUAAUUUUCACCUAAAAUAAACAUUUGUUUUUAAUUGAAUCUUAGUUGUUUCAAACUAAGAACGUUGCUAUAUUCAACCAAAAACUAGUUUGUAUUUAACAAAAAUUAUAUUGAAGAAAACAGUUUGUUUUGAAAAAGAUAAACUGUAAUCUUAGGUUGAAUCAAAUUAAAACUUUCGGUACAAAUAAACUGAUUUUUUGGUUGGAUGAAUACCAACCUUAAAGAUAGUUCAAAACAAACUAGUUGUCUAGUUUGUUCAUAACGCUGUCAACCGCGAUGUCGGUUUUUUUUAAUUAUGUUUUGUUUUGUUUUGUUCGACACUCUGUGUUCAAUUCUCCAACUCGUUGAAAUCGUCGGUCCGUGAGUGAAAAAAUCCAACUGCAUCGAGGCAGUUUCUACUAUUAAAUUACAGCAAAACUUCAAGUACAUCAUCGGAAUUACAUACUACACACAAGGGUGCAUUAACUCUUGAUUUCGAGCAACUAUGAAUCCCGAGAAUCCCGAAAAAGAAAUAGAGCCCGAAAAAAUUGCUUCGGAGGGAUCGGACCCAAUGGCCCACGAAGACGAUGAUAACGAAGAGGCAGAAAUAUCGUACGAAGAAGUAAGUGUUGAAAGCAUUGCUGUCGUACAACUACUGCAAUCAUUCCGGGUCUCGAUAGACGUAAUAAACAAGUUUCUUGCAAAUGGAUAUGAUUUGGAAUCUCUCCGAGUUAUUGAAAGACAAGAAAUUGAGGAACUUCUUUGUGAACCGUAUCUUGGAGAUAGGACAAAAGUUAUCCAUGGAUUGAAUGUAUGGCGAAAAUCACAGAACCUUCCUCCCGUAUCCUCUCCGCUGAAAUCCGUUCAAAAUGUAAUUCAGAGUAAACAUCAUCCAGAGAUUAUGAAUCGAGCUAUGGAUCGAGAAAACUAUUCAGCACGAUUCCUCAUUCAAAACUCGGCCAAAGGAAAGCAAAUCCUCGCGAACUACAUCUCAUCAAAAAUUCUCACAAAAUUACAAAAGAAAAUCAUAACUCAUAUUGUCGUAGACGAAUUUAAAGAUGUUUUUGGCAAACUCUCACAUAAUGAGCUUCUGAGUCGAGCAUCCGAGCUGAACGAACUUUUUCCAUCAGAAUCAAAGGAGUCUUGGUACCAGCCAACUUUUUCGUUUGUCGGCGGGAAAAAGACUAGAAUAGGCCGUUUGCCAAAAGGUUGCCUUUAUGACCGAAACUGCAAUUAUACUAUUCCGAAAGUCUCACAGCGAAAGUCUAACGAUAGUGAAAAUAUUACACCGUUAUGUUCGCCUUCUGAAGCUGAAUGGGUUGAAUACCAACAAACGAAAACAUGGAUCAGGCAUCAUGAAGACGAAUGGCCAGCAGUAAUGCAAAAGUGGGCAUUAACGAGCGUAAUUCGAUUGUACGAGAUUUCAAAAUUGGAAAAAACGAACGUGUGGUUCGAUUUUGGAUUUAUUUCCGACACUGCGCACUCCGCAUUAUUCCAAAAAUGGAAUUCUUUCAUCGAAUCGCUCAAGCCUAUUCUCGUUGCCGAUGUGAGCGAUAAAAGCGGCAAAACUAUUCUUAAUCAACUGGAAGGUGAACUAAGUGAAGAUUGCCGGGAUGCGGUGUAUUCAAUGUUGCUGCCAUACAUCUUACCCUGUGCUGUACUGACCCUGUCGGACAAAGGAAAGUGGAAACCCAGUUACAUUGAAAAUCGUAACAGCUUUGUCUACUGGGUACAGAGCAUAAUCGAUCUACAGUCAAAAGUUAAAGCUCACCACACUUCACGUUCUGAGACUAGAGGAAUGCCACAAUGUCCACUGGUGAUCGUUGUUGGACCAGACCUAUCAAAGUUGAACACCUUUAUAGUAUCCUUCGGUGACGCAUUCUACCAGUUUCCUACCUUUCUGAAAGCGCUGGACAUCUGCUAUAAAUUCUACAAAACCUACAGCCUACCAUUUGCUGCGGAAUGUGCCGGAUCAUGGAAUCUCAUCAAUCACGUCAUCUACGAGUUUCCGGUAGAAUCCUCUUGUCGCGCAAAAAUACUUUCGAUCAGUAAUGUGAUCAGUUCGAGAAGUUAA